GGUUUGAAAGGUCUCUCCCAUACUCCCCCCUUGUAAAAAUAUAAGAGUCUAAAUAUGGGAUCCAGGAUCUUAGCCUGCCCCCGGGUAAUUUACUCUUAUGUAGAAAUACUUAUAAUAAUAUUGAACGUUUUUUUCCAAUUUUGACCGGGCUAGCUAAAUAUUCAUCAUUUCGGUCAGGCUAGCUGCAUUGGUUUGGAGUCCUCACUCUUCUUCUUUAAGUGAUGUCUUUGCUUUUCUUCUUAAACACGGAUUAUAAUGCGUUAUUAAGGUUUUUUGAAAAAAAAAUUAUUAGGACAUUUACGGUAAUUUGAAUAGCGAACCGGCAGACAGCCUGCGGUUCGCCAUUCGAAUGGCGAAUAGCGAAUAACCGUCCAACUUCUGAUUGCCGUGUUAUUAUUAUUACUUUUAGGGAAGUUAAAGGAUUAUUGAUAAUUAGAGCGAUGAUAUCAUACCCUGUCAAACGAAGCGUUUCAAGUCUCUUUGAAUGUGGAAAAGAUCUUAAUUUUAUUCUAUAUCUACGUCGAAACACAUCAAACAAUUUUAAACAUACCGAUACAUUCAUCGCUUGCCAAAAGAAAUGGGAAGUUAUAACUGGAUAUUUUUUACUUUCUUUGGUGGCUUUGUGGCUGUAAUGGGAACAGAAAGUUGGAAUCAUUGCACAAGUAAUCCUAAUUGUAGCUGUAUCUUAAACAGUAAUAAGAACUAUAUAGCAGACUGUUCAAAUCUCGCAAUCACAGAUGUACCGCGAACACGACCUGAUGUCGACACUCUAAAUCUAGGACAUAAUAGAAUACGUCACAUCAUGCAUCCGUUCAGUCCCACACUUGUGGAUUUGGAUAUGUCUUAUAACCAGCUUCGAAACUUUACUCACGACGCGUUCACAAACUUAAAAAGCCUGAGAACUCUAAAUUUAGAAGGAAAUCAACUCCAAAUGGACGAAAGCAUAUUCACGCCGGAAAUCUUCCGGGACUUAAAAGCUCUACGUGUACUAAACAUCAAGAAGACUACAAUGAAAGUAUUGAACAACUCAUUUCCAGAUAAAAUGUGGAAACAUCUCUCCUCAUUAGAGACUCUUCGAAUUGACGUUAUAUCUUCGACACAAUUUGGUCCACAGUUUCUCUCACUGACGUCACUGACAUCCCUGGACGUAUCAGGCAUUUCGGGGUUUUGCUCUAUAGAAGAAAUUGGAGAAACGUUCUUGAAAUAUCUGCCUCACUUGGAGGUUCUGAAUUUGUCUUCGUGUCAGAUAAAAGGAUUCUCAGCAGGUGCCCUGAUAAAACAACGAAAUCUAACGGUCCUUGAUAUUUCAUACAAUGAAAAACUUACGUUUGCAUGUUUUGCAAAUAUAACAAGCGAUUUACAGUCUUCCAAAAUAAAGGUUUUUAAAGCUAAUAAAAUCCACUGCACGUAUGGACUAGGUACUGUGAUACAAGUUCGUGACGUCAUUCACUUUUGGAAAACAUCUCUCGAAGAACUUCACCUAGAGAACAACAGAAUAACUCUUUUUGAAAGAUAUGCUAUCCGCUAUUUUCCCCCAACUCUCAGAAAUAUGUCGCUUGUCCAAAAUAAAUUGGAACCAAGUACUUACUUAAUGGAUGUCGUGUUCUUGACAGGGAUGGAAUUACUUGAUUUGUCUCUUCAGAUGGAGUCCAGGCCCCUUAGCAAACUGAUAGACGCUUUCAUUUGUCAGAACCCUAUACUACCCUCCGAUAACGGAAUAGAGAGACAUUAUAACAAACACAAUACAGAACCAUUCCAAAUGAGAGAUAAUAUUACCGUAACUCUGCCUAGAAAUUUAAAAACUCUGAUACUGAGAACAAGUGGAAUACGCUUGAAACUGUUUAAGAUGCUUGCUAACCCGUCCAAUCAGUUGACCCAUGUUGACCUUUCACAGAACGUCAUUACUAGCUUCACGGGACCCAUUAUAGGAUUAAAUAAACUGAAAUAUUUGGACUUGUCAGAUUGUCUUUGUUCCUCGCUUUCAACUGGGUUAUUUGAUUUUAUGACAGCGUUGCAGGUCUUAAAGCUUAACAAGAACCUGUUAGGUUUCAGUCUGAAAGACGAUUUGGACGGAGCAACCUUUAAGAAUCUGGUCAAUCUUCAAGAGCUAGACUUAUCGGACAACAGAAUACAAGUGCUUCCUGCAAAGUUAUUCAAAAAUCUAGGAAAGCUUAAAACGCUGAACUUAAGCUCUAAUUUCUUGACAGAAUGGAAUGUGAAGAUUGAUAACAUGUGGAAACUGCUCAAGAUUGAUAUCUCAGACAAUACGAUAAGGCAACUCAGUCAGGACACCACUGCCUCGAUUGUAGAAAUAUCAAAAAAGAAUAGACAUUUUCAAAUUUUUCUGGCAGAAAAUCCCUUUGCUUGUUCAUGCCAUUCUCGACAUUUUUUACAGUGGUCUUCCAAUAAUCGCAAACAUAUCUCGGACUUUUAUCAGAUGAAAUGUAAGUUAGACAAUGGAACAAGCUUUGGUUUCCAAGACAUAGAAACAGUUUUGCGAUUGCUUGAGGUUCAAUGUAAAAAUUAUCAAGCGUUAACAUUCAUAAUAACUUCUGUGAUAGUGUGCUUCGUGAUAAUCAUCGUUACCGGUUUAGUUUACCGGUACCGAUGGAAACUACGUUACUUGUUUUAUAUGACCAAAAACAAAUACCGAUUAGCCAGCCCUAUAUAUCAAGAUACGUUUACGUUUGAUGCCUUCAUAUCAUAUGCUGAUGAAGACAGGGAUUUUGCACUGCACGAGUCGAUUUCCCAGCUAGAGGAAUCAAGAGGACUGCGCCUGUGCCUCGACAAGAGGGACUUCCAGCCCGGUACAGAGAUCGCAGCAAACAUUACAGAAGCCAUUACCAAGAGUCGUAAAACAAUCAUAAUUCUGUCCAAUCACUUCCUGAACUCUUACUGGUGUAUGUAUGAAUUCAAUAUGGCAAGGAUGGAGAGUAUCUAUACCCGGAAUGGAAAGGAAGUACUGUUUAUGGUUAUGUAUCGACACGUGACUGCUAAGAUGUUGCCUUUAUCAAUGCUGGCCUUGGUAGAAAGUCAUUCCUAUAUCGAGUUCCCCGACGAUCCUCAGGGGAACCUUGUUUUCUGGGACAAAGUAGCUGAAACAUGCAAAAAGCCUUCAGAUUAAGGUAGAACCUAUUUCGGAGAAGUCUUUGUCACAAGAUUUUCAAACUUUUCAUAAUGAUAAUUUAGCACUUGCUUAUCAAUCAGUUUAAAGCACAUGACAUGUUUCCUUGUUAUUAAAUAUAGUGCAGCCAGUUAAACAUGGACUAAAAAUUACAUAUUGUGACUUCACAAUUUUUGUCAUUUUUUGGGGUACUUAUCAUGCAAAGAAGACAAAAAUCCCAAAAUUACUUCUGUAAACAUCGUUGUUUUUAUUUUUUAUUAAUUGAACAGUAUUAAACAAUAUUUCCUGAGAGAUUUUUUUUAUUCAAUUGACAUAAAAGAUAUGUCCACAUUUUCAAAACUAUAAGCAAAUAAACUCUAUUUAUUUUCAGUCAAUUUUCCACACUACAUUUGUAAAUAUUUUUCAGAAGUUUUUGUCACAAUGUUUUCAAUCUUUAAUAUGAUAAAGAACAUACCCACAUGAUUACAAAAAGUGAUUAAAAUAUAUACCUUUCGCAUCUAACUAAUGAGAGAUAGGUUAUUUACCGAUGCUAAUAUUCUUGACCUUUUUGCACUUACACGGAUUUUAUUAUUAAAUGACUGUUUGGGGUUACUUUCAGAUUAAAAAUGUUUAUAAAAAUUCUACUUUUAAUUUAAAAGAUCAUAUUUGAUAGAGAAAUUGUAAUAAAACUCCAAGAAUAUGAAUAAGUAACAAAUAAUUAUGAAAAGGAAUGCAAAUCAUUUCAUGAUAGAUACACAAAAUGUACACACAAUCUUCAACACGUACAUCUUUGACUUAGACACAUUUCAUCAAGAUGUUACACUACUUAGUUGGCAACUGACGAUUUUUUAAGGAUUUUUGCAUUCAGUCAAAAUUUCAAAGUUACAUACCACUUACCUUAUUACAGUAAGUUGUAUACAUUGUAAUUUCAUCACACAAUAUAGUCUUGGCUUUGUUAACUUAAUUAAGGUCAAGAUCUAUUAAAUGAAAGGUGCCUACAGGCUCUCUAAUUCAAGAAAUAUGUUAUCAUUAAGCAUUAUAUUAAAAAUAUAUAUAAAUCGAAUUAAGAUUAUUUCGGCAUGAUUUUAAAUUGAAUUCUGUGAAUUUCAAAAUGCAGUAUUUUCUACCAUUUCUAUACUGAAGCUGUAAAGUACAGGAAAUGACAUUGAAUAAAUUAUGACGUCAUAAUGGAUCUAGCAUAGGCUAAACACAUUCACUAGUUAUGAUGUCAUACGACGUAGGUUCUGCGUUAAAUUAGCUGACACCUGCAAAAAGCCUUCAGAUUUAAUUAGCCGACAUCUGCAAAAAGCAUUCAAAAUUAAAUAUGAUUACACCUGUAAAACGACUUCAAGAUAAAACUAGCCGACGCCUGCUAAAUCCUUCAAGAUUAAACUAGCUUACACCCGCCAACAGCUUUAAGAUUAAACUAACUGACACCUGCAAAAAGCCGUCAAGAUUAAACUAUCUGACACUUGCAGAAGACCUUCAAGAUUAAAUUUGGUUACACCCGCAAAAAGCCGUAAAGAUGAUCUAGCCGACAACUUCAAAACGCCUUCAAGAUAAAACUAGGCUACAGCUGCGUAAAGCCUUCUGGAUUAAACUAGCUGACAUCUACAAAAAGUCUUUAAACAUUAAACUAGCCGACAUCUGUUAUAGGUUUUUAAGACAAAAAAAUGAAACCUUUCAAAAGACCUCAUGAAAGAAAAAGAUAAAAUAAAAAAGCGAAAAAAAACUGAUCUCAAGAAACUUACGAACGAUAUAGAUCUGAGAAUAAAGGUUAAAUUAUGAAGAUGACGAACAUUGCUCCAACUCAAAAGUCCAUAGGAACAAUACAUAUUUGCAGCCAAUCAAUACACGGACAGAGAAGGGAUCAGGUCUGGGAUUUUUAAAGAUACAUAGAUUUGUGCUAAGAUACACACUUACGUAUAGAUAAAUUCUUUGCUAAGAAAAUAAUCUUGUCGUAUUCAUAAAAAUUUUAAGUGUUAUUCUUAACUAGGUUUAAUUUUGAGAAAAUUAGAGCAUCUAAAUUAAAUCACCAUAGCAACACUUGGAAAUUCCUGAACAAAAAGUGCACUCUUUUGUUAUGGAGGUAUUUAGUUCUAUGUCUAUUAGAACAUAAGUGUAAUGUACAGC